UUGGUACUUGGUAGAAAGUACACUGGAGCGUGCCUUGGCCACCUAGCUGCAACAAGCACCCUUGUACCUACCAACUUUCUUUGUAGGAAUGCAAAGAUAAAGUAAGAGGCCAAACAAUCUUAACCGGCCAAAGUCAUCAGUGCAUGCAUGCACGCGGCAAAUGAUUCUUGGCCUAUACACUACUAGAAAAAAGCUUAUCAGUUUUUUUUGCUACCAGUAGCGCAGGCACAUGUGCUACUGCUACGAUGUUGCAUCUAUUUUUUAUCAGUAGCGCUUGUUUUACCCCACACUAUAUACACCUCGACGCUUCCAUGUACACCCGGCCAGCCAGCCACCUUCGUUUCUUGCUAGGAGCUGAGCUAGUGAUCGAGCAAAAGCAACCAUGUGGAUUCUAGGACUACCCACCAUCCUCGCCGUGCUCCUCUUCCCUACGUUUUGGACGGCUGCGGUCUCCGUGCACAGCUCAACGCUGCUCCUGGCACGCUCGCACUCGCUGCCGUCGCCCAGCGCCGGCGCACUGCUCACCGAAUGGGCGGCUUCCCUCGCCGCGCAGUCCGCCGCCGACGUGACACGCGUUGCCAUGCUCGCGGCGGCCGUGCCCGCCAAAGCCAAACCUAGGAGCAAAGGCCGGUCGUUCGUGCCGAUCGCGCCGGGCCGGCAGAUCCUCAGCAUCCCCAACUACGUGGCCCGCGCGCGGCUCGGCACGCCGUCGCAGACUCUCCUGGUGGCCAUCGACCCCAGCAACGACGCCGCCUGGAUCCCGUGCAGCGCCUGCAUCGGCUGCGCGCCCAAGUCGUCCCCGUCCUUCGCCCCGACGGACUCGUCCACGUACCGGCCCGUGCGGUGCGGCUCGCCGCAGUGCGCGCAGGUGCCGGGUGCCGCAUCCUGCCCUGGCGGCCCCGGCGCGUCGUGCGCGUUCAACCUGUCGUAUGGCUCGUCCACGUUCCAGGCCGUUCUCGGGCAGGACGUGCUCGCCCUUGCGGGCGGCGGCGCCGCGUCGUCCUACACGUUCGGCUGCCUCCGCGUGGUCACCGGCCGGUCCGUGCCGCCGCAAGGGCUCCUCGGCUUCGGGCGCGGGCCGCUCUCCUUCUUGUCGCAAACCAAGGACACGUACGGCUCCGUCUUCUCCUACUGCCUCCCUAGCUACAAGUCCUCCAACUUCUCCGGGACACUGAGGCUCGGCCCCGCCGGGCAGCCGAAGCGGAUCAAGACGACGCCGCUCCUCUACAACCCCCACCGCCCGACCCUGUACUACGUCGACAUGGUCGGCAUCCGCGUGGGCGGGAGGGCCGUGGCCGUGCCGGCGUGGGCGCUCGCGUCGUUCGACACGGCCACAGGCACCGGCGGCACGAUCGUGGACGCGGGUACCAUGUUCACGCGGCUCUCGCCCCCCGUGUACGCCGCGGUGCGCGACGCGUUCCGGCGCAGGGCGCGGGCGCCCGUGUCGGCGCCUCUGGGCGGGUUCGACACGUGCUACAACGUGACCGGCGGCAUGCGGGUGCCGAGCGUGACGUUCGCGUUCGCCGGCGGGGCGGGGGCGGCCGUGACACUGCCCGAGGAGAACGUGAUGAUCCACAGCUCGUGGGGCGGCGUCGCGUGCCUGGCCAUGGCGGCGGGCCCGUCGACUGGGGUGAACGCGGGGCUCAACGUGCUGGCAAGCAUGCAGCAGCAGAACCACCGCGUGCUCUUCGACGUUGCCAAUGGCCGCGUCGGGUUCUCGCGCGAGCUUUGCACGGCCUGAUUGCUAGUAUGGAUUCCCGUGCAUGUCAUCGUGUAUUAUGCCACUGGGCAGUGGGCAGUUGAGUAAUAGUAGUAGUAGUACGUUUGUAUUAUGCCAUGGCAAUUUGAGAUUUGUUUUGCGCAUGGCACUAAGAAAUGUGAAGUUGUACGUUUCUUCUCGGAGCUGUAGCCUACGACCAACGCGAGCAGGGAAC